AUGUCAAUAACUUUAAAUGCAACUCACUCCUCGGCAAAAGACGCAAUUGAUGCCUUAGUCGGUAAAACACCGGAUCCUUGUGAAGUUUGUAUAUUAUUAGCUUCCCGAACUUACUCUCCCAAAGAAUUGGAAUUCUUUCCUAGCUAUAUAUUCACUAAAUUACGUCCUAGAGUUCUUGUGGGUUGUGUGGUAGACAAAGUUUAUACUUCAUCUGAUUCCACAGAGUUUGGUCAUGGAAUUUCAUUGUUUUUGGGUGGAUGGGGUAAAAAGGAAGAUAUGCCGAAUAGUUGGAAAUUCGAUGAAUUUUGCGCAAACGUGCAAGGUUCAAGACGAGAAUAUAAGACCAAUUCUGUUGGACGGUGGAUUACACCAAGCACAGAAAUGAAAAGUAACAUUCUGGAGACAAAUGAAUGGUACAAUAUUGAUAAGUUUCAGUCUGUAUCAAGUAUACCACAUGAGUUUGAAUUACCAAAUGAGUUAAAAGUCCUCAAGGAAAAAAAUAUCAGUCCGGAUUUAUUUUUCUUUGCUUCGGAUUCUGAACCAUGUCAAUUUUUAGAAUCUUUGGAUCAUCAUUUCCCUCAAAGUAAAAAG